AGUGGGGGAGGUGGUAUGUAAACCUAGCCUAAAUCCUCAGGAGAGAUAGAACUUUACUCGAUGUCCUGUAAGGAAAUUACCUUUGCUAUGAUGCCCUGCAUUGAACUCACAUCGUUAAUAUGACACUAAAUGACCGUUUAUAUUCUGGAUUGACUUACAGAAGGAUGCUACUCGCACUGGUUGGAUUACUUGGCUUUUUGUCUUAUUCAUUAUGUGAGGCGAAGGCUCUUAAUGAUCCUUGGAGACGCAUUCGUGCCAAACGAGCCAAUCCUCCUUACGCCACACCAGCCGCUCCCCCGCCGGAUUUUGAUUUCAUGUUAUCACAUUCCAUGCCUAUGCUAUGCCCGUCAACUUCACUUGGAGUCCCAAGAAAAAUGACGCUUACAAAUGAACAGAUGUUGGAACUUCUGCACGCCAAUGGCGGCACAUUCAACCCUAAUCUCAUGGCGGCAGCGCGAGCAGCAGCGGACGAGUUUCCAAAUAGGAUAUUGCUUACACAAUACACAGAGGAUGUCCAGGACGACAGAACAUUCGAUUUUGAUCCUGUCACAGACAACGAAAUCACCAAACAGACCUUGAUUGGAGACUUAAAUAAAUGGUCAUCGUUAAGAGAACAAGUAUCAAAUGGAACAUUCCCCACAACAUCGGUGUUCCAAAUAUCAAAUGGAACAUUGCCAAAAUCGUCUGUGUUUCCAAGGCAACCAACAUCCAACCCAGUCGACGACACAAGUAAUUCUUCAACAACACCGGAUUUUCUUGGAAGACUUCAACAGGAAUCCUUAAUAAGUACACACGGUCGUCAACUACAAAGUGCAAUAAAUGAUCAAAUACUGAAGUCGAAAUUAGAGUUGAUGCAGAAAAAGAUAGAGGAAUUGCUGCAUGGAAAUACAAUCAGAUCCGAACGUUUGAUGGAUCUUAUGAACAGUUUAAAUAUCAGUACUCAUCCGAGCAUAUUACAACAGAUAAAUCCUGGUUCUAGCUUUGGACCACACAGGGUGAUACGGAGCGCAGACGGUUCAUCGACCCAAAUACAAUAUUGUCGUUACAAAGGCAAUGCUACGACUGACGGUUUUCUACAUAUGUGUGAUGAGUGUGCGGCCACCACUACACUAUCGUCUGACAAGUUCCCACCGUACCUAAACGAAAUUGUCUGCGGACAAACUGACCGAACGUGUCUGACAGUUCGUGGCACACCUCAUGGUGCCUGUAAACAAAGCUUUGUAUACGUCAACAUGUUAAGGAGACGGCCUGGAGGAUGCCGUAUGAUGAUACAAAAUGGCCAACAAGUUUUAAUAGACGCAUGGGAGGUGUAUACCCAGAAAAUCCGGUCAGGGUGCGAAUGUUUCAUAAAUAAACGGUCUCUUUUCGCAAAAUAUAUCGGACCUAUCGGCUAGAAAUAUUGGUCACAGUUUAAACUAAUUGUGCUUUUCUGAAUUUGUAACACGUGAAAUUUGUUGACUGGAGUCAUGACAAUGUGGUUCACCGAAGUAAACAAUUAUAUAUGAUGUGUGAAUUGUUAAAUUCCUUGGUGAUAAGAUCUGAAGAUAAUUUGGCACUGGCAGCCAAUCGCACGCCUUUCAUCACACUUUCGACCUAAUCAAACGUUUGAGGAUUUAUAUCCUCACGUUCAACUGAGAAACAUUAUUUCUAUUGGCAUGUUCAUGUACUUAUUUCGUGUUGAAUGCUAAAAGUCACAGCAUUGCUUUCUUUUAACAAAAUUGUAUAAACAGCUGUGAUUUCGUUUUGACAAUAGCUGAAAAGUCACUAAAGAUUUUAUUCUGUUUCAUGACAGUGCCACUACACCAGGCGCGUCACUGUACCUAAUUGUAGCUGGCAACAAUUGUGACGAAGCCAUGGUAUAUGCUAAAUGUUUCUUCUUGUUGGUUGUUUUACUUUGAUAAUCGAUAAAAAAAACAUAUAACUUGAAAUAGCGCCCAAUGUGUACAUUACUGCUUACUGGUCAUAUGUCGGAUGAAGGUGGCAGAGUAGCCACCGAAACGGCACGCUCAAAUGAACGAAUCUAAUCAGAAAUGAUAAAUGAAUUGCGUAAAGCGUUUUUAUCAUCUGCUACCAUUCAUAUUUCCUCCAAGGUUUAAUAUUAAAUGUCAUCGUAUUUAAUGAGUGAUCACAUUAAAUAUUAUAUGAAUAUACUGUAUUUUUUUUUUAUUUUAGUGUGUACAAUAUCUUUGUGGACUAGGUUUAUUAAAUUGCUCCCGGUUUUCAUUAUUUAUAGUCAUUAUCAAGCGAGCAAACAUCCGUAAAAAUAAAGUCUCUUCAAUCUACCUUAAAGUAAAUUUCCAAUUAAAUAAAGUGAUAUGCAGUACUAUUAUUUUUUUUUUUUUUUUUUUUUUUGUCAUUGUUGUAUCUCGAAUCUCAUAUCUAUAUAUUGUCAGAAUUUCUGUAUGCGAUUUGGAUCUAAUUUCUAACACUUACAGUUCUCAAUCUUGUACGAUUGAUUUGAGGUAGACUUAACCAUACAUUCCUGCUUUUUUUCAUCUGUUAGCUGUCUUUUAUAGCAUGCGCCAAACAGAUAAAUAAUGCUUAAUUAAUAGAUGGUUUACUAGACAAAGUCUCUGCAACGUUUACAAAAUAAAUAGUAGCUAAAUAAAUAAGGUUAAAUAAUUGCGAUGAAAUUUGUUUGUAAACUAGUACAAUUAUUUACAUUGUUGUGUUUUCCUGAAUAAAUUAUCAAUAUGA